CACUGUGAGUCCAGGCCAAGUUGUCCCCAAUGUUGUUCCGUCUUAACUGGAAUUAGGGCGAAAUUGAUGCUUAUAUCAUUUCUUAGAUCUGCCCACUUGCUCGCUCCAAGCCUGAAUUACCAAUCAGGAGGCCGAGCUUUCAUGGAAUGAUGGUCACUAUAGAGUUCAGUCGAGAAUAGAGACAGGUAGCUGUGGCGUUAUCAGUCAUGAUGCCCACUCGUUCAUGUCUCCUGCCAGCGACAAGGUCGCUCUGCCGUGUGGGAACUGGGCGGGUGAUCGCGGGCCACUCUUUAUGGAACCCUCAGCAUCUUCUGGGAAAGGCCCAGAGGCGGCAAUUGCUCAACUAUCACGUUCGAAUCCCCGGGGCAUCUCGUUCGCUUGCGACACAAAUUAGGAGUGGGAAAAGAGUAUUUGCAGAGGAUGAUAUUCCUCCCCUUGAGUUCUGGAAACAGAGUGUCGUUGGGGGAACCCUCGCGCCUGAAGACUGCCACGAGAUUGUCAAGAAAUACUGCGAACUGGCCAAGUUGCAGGAGUCAACAUGGAAAGGCAAACUGGAAAAGGAUCACAAAAUCAGCCCUGAAACAUUGCACUCUUUGGCCAUAAUCCUAGUAUCCGGCCCUCCGUCUCCCUUAUGGAGACUCGGGCUGCACAUGCUGGCCACAGCCUCGGAUCUGGGCUUCACCCUCUCGACUCUCCUCCUCAUCCGCCUAAUGCGACAAUCUGAUGAUACCAGCAAAGUUUCUGGGUCGACUCUGUUCCGGAACGCCCUGGCUCGAUUUCAGGAUAUUGUCCGGCAGAGACAAGAUCCCGAUGCGCUGACGCUGCAAGGGCUGAUACUGGCAGACCAAGGCGACAGCGGGAAAGCUCUAGCAUCCUUCGACCAAGCCUUGCGCAUCGGGUCCAGCCACGAACCAAAGGGGCCGAUACGCCAAGAGACCUCCCUGGGAAGGAGCCUCGAAGCGGACCCUGGGAGCGACCAUGGGACAGAUGAGAGUGACCCGCAGCCAAAGGUACGACCGUUCCGGUGGAGCUGGGAGGCUUCCUGCCACAUCGGCCGGGCCAAGAUCCUCCUCCAGCAAGGGCGUCGGGACGAGGCCGUCGCGGCGAUGCGGAUCGCCGCGCUGGAACUCGAUAAUAUGCAAGGCUACUUCGAGCUAGCGAAGAUGCUGCCCGAGGACGCGCCGGAGAGGGUCCAGUAUCUGCAGACGGCAGCUGUUUCGGGGCAUCUGGAAGCCUGUCGGCUGCUUGGGGAGAGCGAGGUACAGAUGGCUAGGGAGCCGGGACGAAACAAGGGUGACGCCCAGGAGCACAGCUUGUGGGCCAGUGAGUGGUUUUCGCUGGCGGGUGACGUUGAGAAGUCGGCCGGUGCUCGUUGGGCAUUCGCAUCGUGAUGCGGGAAACAACUUGUAAGGGGUUGAGUCCUUUCCGGGGAAGAAACCUUGACGAGGAAAGGGGAGCACUGCUGGUGCCUAGAUACUUCGGCCUUGUAUAACCAAUACCCUUGUACAACUAAUAUAUAACUUAUGCCCAACAAGAUGUUCCCC